UUCAAUCGGAUUCAGUAUGGCCAAAUCGCGACCCCUGCUCUUCUGAUUAGCGCCCGCAGCUGCAAUAUCAAGAAGGCGACAGUGGAACCGCCUAGUACCAUUCGAGACAAAGGCUUGAUCAACAAAAGGGGGUCCUGCAGCAAACUUCGCAAUAGCCCUGGGUACGAGGUACAGUCUGCAAACUUCGAGAAUGCUGAGAUGAGAUGUCCGAAUUUCCAUCAUAGGUGUCUUCCAGAGCCGUGAUACGGCAUUUCGGUGAGCCAACAGAGGUCGGUAGCGGUGGUCGCAGCCGCUGACAACCUCCAGGGAUCCAUCCCUGCCAACCUGAUCUGCUGGUACAGUACUCAAAACCGGCGCAGCAGACCUCGAGACUGGACGAAUUAGGCUCAGUUGUGUCCCGCCUUCCGGCUUUUCAACCUCCUGUCAAUUACGACUUCUCCGCGUCACAGGGUCAAUAAUGGCCCUCCCUUUCGCGUUGUUUGCGCGAGGUAUAGACAGGACAUACUUGGCUAUUUUGAUAGUCUGCAUCCUAUUUAUUUCCUUCCUCGGCAGCCCCUUUACUUCGUACCAACCAAAAGUCGGCGCGGUGGAAGAAUUGGUCUACCGAGCCGCUGGGCUCAACGGCACCGUUCGCCCUUCCAAUCUCGAACUCAGCGAUGUCGUCGAAGAGAUCGACACCAGUCCCACGCAUGGACUCUUCAACUUCUACUCGGAACCAUGGGAUCCGCCUGGAGUCACGGAAUUGAACGAAGAAAGAAUGCGGAUCAUUGAACCUUACAUCAAAGCCAUCACAGACCCCAGUGACAGACGUUUCCCACGACUUCGAUGUCCCCUGCCAAUGAAAGAACGGUAUGAGAACUUCCGCCGCCGGAGAAGUUUUGCGACGAGAUGGGACACGCCGCCGAGACGGUGGUUCUUUGCACUCAACCUCCAUCAAUGCGCACCCAUCUUGCCUCGCUUACUGGCGUCAGUCGUCGAGGCAAUCCGCUUCCUUCGGCCACAGGACUGCGUUCUAUCCAUUGUUGCUCGCCAUUCCAAUGACGGUACAAUGGAGAUCCUGGCGAAGAUUCGCGAGGAAAUGGACACGCUCAACGUCACAUACUACUUUAGCACGAGCGACGUCGACCCGUUCAAGGAGGGCAAUGACUACAUCACCGAAUGGGCCGCUCUGCGAAAUCUGGCACUUGACCCGUUGGUGCGGCAGCCGGAACUCUACGACCCUGACACAACGGUUAUCUUUUUGAAUGAUGCGGCGAUCUGCACGGAUGAUAUUCUGGAACUCAUCUACCAAAAGGUCUAUCAAAAGGCUGACAUGACCUGUGGCAUGGAUUGGGCCAAUCACGGAGAAAACUUCAACGACUUAGGGGCGUCCCGUGGCAUGACAGGCGACAUGUUUGUCUACACACCCCAGGACGGCAAAGUUGACCCCAAUAACACACUCUUCCGCAACGACCCCAGAACGAAGACUCGAUUCGAAGCCAGGCUGCCAUUCCAGGUCUACUCAUGUUGGAACGGCGGCGCCGUCUUUACAGCCAAACCCCUGCUCCGGCACAACAUCACGUUCCGGGCCUCACGCCACGACGAAUGCCACAUGGGUGAACCGCUACUCCUGUGCAAGGAUUUCUGGAAGUACGGCUACGGACGGAUCGCGGUAGUGCCGAGCGUGAACAUCGGAUACAACGACGACGAGUCGCGGCAGACGAAGAAGCGGUACGGCUUCGCGACGGAGAUCGUGCAGCGCGUCGAGGAGGACCUGGAUCUCGCGGCCAUCAGGCAAAGCAAGAUCCGGUGGCAGGCCGCGCCGCCCAAGAGUGUCAAGUGCGAGUCGGACCUCUCGCACCCGGCCGAGGACGAGCUGGAUGACGCCAAGAAAGCUGCUGCCAGCGAGGGCACGGAUUCCGCUGGCAGUUCUGAUAGUGCGGACAAUAACAAGGAGCCGCCGCAGAAGAACAUUGUCUAUGAGGACGGUGGUGGCCCGGACCUGUAAAAAGGGGCCCAGGCGGUCAGCUAAUGCAGUAAUGGAAAGCGGUGGUCUGUCUGCGGGAACAUUCGUGGCGGGACGUUUACAGUGGACGCACGGUCAGACUCCUUUUGGGCGUUGGGGGAGGGAUUCGUGGGAGGAAUACACCCUGACUGUAUAUUUAUAACAUGUUAGAUGUGGCGUACAAGCGAAUAUACAUAGAACCCAGGAAUUUGAUGACAUAU